UCAGCUUUUCUCAAUGACAAUAAUCGCCCCGGCCAAUCAGGAGCGCCUUUACUCUUAUGUGACGUUUGAACCCGUUCGCGGGAGUUGAUCAGGAAGUGACGCUGUACCGUGGCGUGAGCGGCGGAGUCUGAAGUGUUUACAGUGUUGUUUGGAUUUUAAAGUGUUUUAAUCAUUAUUUCAUGAUGGAUUCGGUGUCGGGCAGCAGUGCAGCUGUCGCAGAUAAGCGGGUGAAUCAGAUGCAGAUCUGCAGAGCCGAGUACAGAGUGAUCGGGAGAUUCGUGGAGCAGCUGCGACCCACGAGACAGAGCAUGAAGACACUGCAGACUCAGUUCCCUCAUCUUCCUCCGUCCACUCUUCUGAGCAUCUUCUCCCAGGAGUACCAGAAAAGGAUGAAGCGCAGCAUGCCGAGGCAUCACGCUCCUGACGUGAUCAGAGCAUAUUAUCAGAGGUACCGCAGCGAAGCCAAGACUCGUCCUUCAGCCCCUCUGCUGCUGGAGCUCGCCCACCAGGUGGACCUGUCUCCGGCUCUCCUGGCCCGUCUGAUGGUGGAGUGUUUCCUGGAGGAGCGCCAGGCUUCAGUCGCAGCUUCCAGACAUGUCCUCAACAACAUGCUGCGUGAGCCAUAUUUAAUUCCAGACCUACUGUUAGCGAAGCACGUCGAGCAGUGCACAGUAAAUGACUGCUGUUAUGGACCGUUGGUCGACUGCAUCAAACAUGCCAUCGGUCUGGAGCACGAGGACCUGCUGCGAGACAAGCUCAGAGAGACCAACCUGUCCUUCUUAGACGAGAACCAGCUCCGUGCCAAAGGCUAUGACAAAACCCCGGACAUCAUUCUGGAGGUGCCCAUCGCUGUUGAUGGUCAUAUAGUUCACUGGAUUGAGAGCAAAGCUUCAUUUGGAGACGACCACAGCCAUCACACGUACCUAAAUGAGCAGUUCUGGAGCUACUGCAACAGGUUCGGUCCGGGUCUGGUCAUCUACUGGUACGGGUUCGUGUCUGAGCUGGACUGUCAGAGGGAGCGAGGGAUCCUGCUGAGAGACAGCUUCCCCUCGGACAUCGUGAGCCUGUGUCAGGGGCCGGUGCGGAGCCGCGUCUGAGUCUGA